GAUAGGCAAAUAAACAAUCAGCUGUUCGUCGCGUGCGUGUGUGUGUGAACUUGAAAUUUGUUAUUCGUGUGAAUUGUGGUGAAAUAAACUGCACAAAUUUUUUAAUUUAGUCUCUGCGUAAUUAACAUACAAUAUAACAAUGGGCAGCAGUUCAUCAAAGGGAGUCGGAGUCGUGGAGACCGCCGCCGCAACUACAGCGACAAAUGCAGCCGCCGCCGGCGGUGACAAACCCAAGUGCAAAGCCUGCUGUGCCUGCCCCGAAACGAAGCGUGCACGUGACCAGUGCAUUGUGGAGAACGGGGAGGAGAACUGCACAAAGCUGAUCGAGGCACACAAGCAAUGCAUGCGAGAUGCUGGCUUCAAUAUCUAAGAAGCUGAAUGCUGGGUCGGUGGAAUACUACUUAGCAUACAAAAGCGGCAUCUCCCCACCCACUGGCGCGUUAACUUAAAUUAAUAUCCCAAUUUUUUUUUUUUUUCGUUUGUUAUAUCU